CCCCAGUGCGAUGUAUGUCGGUCAGCCAACAUCGUCUGUCUGCACGUCCCAUGUCAGUCAGUCACUGGUCGGUCAUCCUUCCUUCCUUCUUUCGUUUCUUGGUCAUCACCGUGUCGUUGGCGGGUCCGUCCCUGUCGUGUGAAGGCGGAGGCACGGCGGAUUCCGGAGCAGCAUCUAAACAGACGACAGAGCACGGCGUCUGCAUACGUGUGUCCUCCCACGCUGUGAGUGUGCGUUCGCUCACUUUUCAGCAGCAACUUCGGGAGCUGCUUCUUGAGUUCCUCCUCCUCCGUGUCCAGAAGCCACACGGCAGCGGCGACCUUGGUGAAGCGGUCUGUCUCGAGCGCUUCCAGCAUCUUUAGGACACACACAGAGAGAUGCCGUGCGUGUGUGUGUUGUCUUGUCUUGUUGACAAUGUGUGCUGUGUAUGGUUUGCCUGUCGAUGCUCCUUCUCAUCCGGCCAGAGCUUCCGGAUAACAUCAGGAGUCUUCUCCAUGGCAUCGGCAAGCUGCUUAUCCGAUAUAGACGUCAGAGAACUGCCCAUCUUCGCAAAGGAGCGUGUUUCUUCCCUGUCGACGAGCAGUUUCACGUAAUAUCCUAGCAU